AUGCCGUCUUUGGUCAUCCUUCUUAGCUGUCUUGCAUUGACCUUGGUGCUGCUGGCACAGGCGCAGACAGUCAAUGAUACCACUUUCUUCGGACAAGCUCGAACCCUGAGCGACGUCUCGGCAGCAGAGGAAGACUAUACUUGCUCCAAGACUAAAGACUGCAAGUUGGGAUGCUGUGGCCAACUAGAUCCAGACACCGGCGUGGGAGUGUGCGGUCUAGGGCCAACAUUCUGCGGAGAAGGAUGCAUCUCCACCUGUUGGUACAAGAGCGAAUGCGACCCGGGAUGGGGCAUCGAAUGGUCCAACGCAUCGACCUGCCCCUUGAACGUAUGCUGCUCAGAGUUCGGCUUCUGCGGAACCACGCCGGGCUUCUGCGGCGGCAAGGUCGUGCCGUCUCCCGAAUGCGGCAGUGGCAGCAGAACCUCGGACGCCAUCACCAUCGGCUACUACGAGGGCUGGAACAUGGCCAAGAGGACCUGUAACACGAUGAAGCCGUCCGAGAUCCCGCUGGGCUACUACACCCACAUCUUCUACUCGUUUGCCCUGAUCGACCCCAAGACAUUUCACAUCGCCGACAUGGAUGCCGAGGUCGGCUCUCACUACGAUGCUGUCGCGGCGCUCAAGAACAGGCAACCGGGGCUGCAGGUGUGGAUAGCCAUCGGUGGGUGGGCCAUGAACGACCCGGGCCCCUGGCGUACUGCCUUUUCCGACAUGGCCCGCUCCACGGCGUCGCAGGAUGCGUUCUUCCAGUCCUUGAUUGCUUUCCUGGCCCUCCAUGACUUUGACGGAGUGGACCUGGACUGGGAGUACCCCGUCGCCGAGGACCGCGGCGGUGUCCCAGAGGAUUUUGAAAACUAUGUAACCAUGAUCUCCCGGCUCCGCAUGGCCCUUAAUGCGAGCGGCAAACGCUACGGAUUAAGCAUAACCCUCCCGGCCUCUUACUGGUACCUGCGAGGCUUUGACCUUCAGAAGAUUGAGCCGCAUCUUGACUUUUUCAACGUCAUGACUUAUGAUAUUCAUGGCGUAUGGGAUAAAACUGUCAACUCGAUUGGUCCCUAUGCAUUUGCGCACACCAAUCUCACCGAGAUACAGAUUGGUCUUGAGCUGCUGUGGCGAAAUAACAUCAAUCCUGCCAGGGUAAACCUGGGAUUAGGCUUCUACGGACGAAGCUUCACAAUGAAAGAUCCUAGUUGCAUGACCGCAGGCUGCGAGUUCACCAACGGCGCCAAAGGGGGCGAGUGUACCGGCACGCCCGGCGUCUUGUCGGUGGCCGAGAUCAACAAGAUCAUCAAGGACGGCGGCAAGGUGACGUACGACGCUGCUGCGGCCGUCAAGAUUGUGACGUGGGACACGAACCAGUGGGUUUCUUUUGACGACGUCGAGACGCUCAAGAUCAAGCAGGAUUAUGCCAACCGGAGGUGUCUCGGAGGGACCAUGGUCUGGGCCAUUGAUCUCGACGACGGGUCCAUGAUCAACGCGCUGGGCUCCAACCUCAAUCGUCCCAAGGCUACUGUCGCAGAGACUGUGGUGGGUUGGAAAUGGGACAAGGGGUAUAAUCCUGGAGUGGCGCAGAUGAGGAAGAGGGAGGAGCUUUGAGUGGUG